GCGGGUUGUCAUUUGUCUUGGCCUUUCAUUGAUAAAGAUACAUGAAAAUAUAUUCCUACAGAACUGAAGUAGAAGCAGUAGUACCUUGACAAAAUACACCAGGUCACAGUGAAACAAGAACGUAGUUUCAUAGUAGGAAAACUGUACAUCUAUGGCGUCCAAUAACUCAAGUUCCAACUCCUCAGUGAGACCAUUUUUCCCAUUUCCUAAACUCCCCAAUGAUGAGGUCGAAGUGAUUGGGUCAAGCGUUGUAUACAUGUUGUUAUCUAUAACGAUUAUUAUCGGUAACAGCUUGGUCAUCGCUGCGUAUCGAUACAAUUCACGUCUUCAAACUGUAACCAAUGCAUUCCUAGUGGGGCUCGCAGUGAGUGAUCUACUCGUUGGAUUAAUAUCUGUUCCAAUCUGGGUUUAUUUUUCGGUUUGUCAACAAUACCAUACCUGCGUCAACAAUCAAAGCCUCCAAGUCUUUUACGCCACGGCUGACAUCUUUGUCGGUUGUGCUUCGGUGUUGCAACUCACUGCCAUCAGUAUUGAGCGAUUCAUAGCCAUUACUCGACCCAUAGUUCACAGAACAUAUUCCACGUCAUUCUACAACACUCUUAUCAUAACUGCAUGGUGCUACGCAUUCGUCAUGUCUGUGCUCUUCCCUAUCCAAGUCACACGCUGGGAAAAAGUCUACACCGUCAUCUUGUUCACAACUUGUUUCGCUCUACCGACAAUCGUAAUAUUUGUCGUCUAUGUCAUUAUCUUCAAAACUGCGGUGUUUUCCUCCGAGGUCCGCGUAAGUCCUGAAGGAAUUCACAAACGAACCGUGCAGCAGGAAGCUAAAAUAGCUGUAACAAUCGCUGUGAUUACAGGACUCUUCGUCAUGGCGUGGCUCCCAUUUUUUAUUGUAAAUGUAAUCGGGACAUUCUGUAUGCAGUGUUUUCCCCCCUAUCCAGGAAUUCUCAGGCUCAUUCGAUUCGUCAAAUGGAUGCAUUAUAGCAACAGCAUGGUCAAUCCUAUUAUCUAUGCGUACAGGAAUAGGGAGAUGAGGAGAACUUUUAUUAGGAUCUUGCGUCGAAUUUUCUGCCGUUGUACCGAUACGUCUCUAAUAUCUGCGGGAUCACAAGUCGACGGGAGAUCCCGAGGUUCCCGUGCACGGAGGGAUGGCUUUAACACAGACUCCAAGAGGUUCCACAGCGGGAAACAAGGCUCGAGUAAAGACGAUCCGAAUGCUAUCAACUUAAACUAUGCGUAUAAAAUGACUAACAACAAUCCACCCAUGGUUUCUAAAAAUCCUGACCCUUUUGACUCGGGAGUUCAAAGCGGGGAACACAAUGGUAACCACAGCGAAGGGCCUCCACAGAGGGGCACUAUAAGUAAGGCUCAAGCUAGCUGCAGUGAUCAGGGACCUAGAUGUGAUGUGAUUAGAUUUAAAGGGAUGAAUAGUAUCUGUGAAGACGAGGGGAUGGACGAGGAGACUCCUGAAGAAAGCGAUACUUCGAUGAGCGAUCAUGUGGCGAAUGAAAAAAACGAUGCCGCCAUUAAAGAAACUUUGUUUGCUUCUGUUGAACAAAAUAUAAAAUAAUAAUGAAAGAACAGGAACCCGCUUCAAGGACGGACGAAAAAACGAUCUAUCGAACUUGAAAUGAAUCGAAUUGACGGACGGACGGACGAAAAUACGAACGAUCGAACUUGAAAUGGAUUGACGGACGGACGGACGAAAAUACGAACGAUCGAACUUGAAAUGAAUUGACGGACGGACGAAAAAAGCGAACGAUCGAACUUGAAAUGAAUUGACGGACGGACGAAAAAACGAAUGAUCGAACUUGAAAUGAAUUGACGGACGGACGAAAAAACGAAUGAUCGAACUUGAAAUGGAUUGACGGACGGACGAAAAAACGAACGAUCGAA